AUGUUUAAACGGUACUCGCCGGAGCUGUUUGUGGAGAAUGCUAGACGUCUUUUUAAGAAAAAGGACUGGAUUCGAGCGGCAAGAAAUUCACACUUCGCGGCUGUUUAUUGUGUAAAGCUUUUGGCUCUUGAUCAGCAAAUACACCUGACGUCACCUGAUGAAAUUCGAAAAUUUUGCGAAUUUCUUGUGUACAACGAAACGUUUCGCCGUGUCGACAAUGGACUUACCUCCAUUAUUUUGGAUGCUGGUUAUAGUGCAGGAGAAGAGCUUCAUCGUUACAGCCUUGGGAAGACUUGUGAUAGUCUUGAACAAAUUCAGAUUUAUAUUAAUAAAGUUAAAGAGAUGGUCAAAGCAUUUCUGACAAUCAAACCGGAGACUGUUAAAGAAGCAUUGAAGGAUUCAAAAAUUUGGGAAAGAUAUGAAGAAAAGGAAGGCAAGAUAUCGCUGUCUCAUAAAACUUAUAAAUAUAAAUACGUUAACAAAUAA